AUGUUCAGCUGCAGCCUGAAAGACACAGCAGCCAUCCAGUCAACCAACCAAGAGCUGGAGGCUUGGCUAGUCGCAGUGGACAAAUCUGGGUUACCGGGCAAAUUCAAGGCCUGGGUGUACCAGCAUGGUAUCCUCCCAAGGAUUCUCUGGCCCCUCCUGGUGUACGAGGUCCCGAUCUCUACAAUCGAGAGCUUUGAGAGGAGAGUCAGCAAGUUCCUACGGAAGUGGCUGGGACUGCCUCGAAGCCUCAGCAUCAUCGCACUGUACGGGAAAAACAACAUGCUGAAGCUACCGAUCAGCAGCCUGAAUGAAGAAUUCAAGGUGAGCCAUACUAGAGAGGUGCUGCAGUACAGAGAGUCAAGCGACCCAAAAGUCUCUCAAGCCGGGAUCGAAGUCAGGACGGGGCGGAAGUGGAGGGCAGCAGAGGCCGUGGAUGCCGCGGAGUCACGGCUGCGGCACAGGGUGCUGGUGGGGACGGCCGGGGAAGAGCAGGCCUAG